AUGUUCUAUGCUAAUUUCUCAAGAAAAACAGGCCCCGCACCACCUCUGCGCACAACCCCGCGGGCCUGGCUCAGGCGGGAGUGCGGGGCCAGCACCAUGAGCACCCCGGGCAGCCCCGACCAGGCCUAUGACUUCCUGCUCAAGUUCCUGCUGGUGGGCGACAGCGACGUAGGCAAGAGUGAGAUCCUGGAGAGCCUGCAGGAUGGUGCAGCUGAGUCCCCAUACAGCCAUCUCGGGGGGAUCGACUACAAGACGACCACCAUCCUGCUGGACGGCCAGCGGGUGAAGCUGAAGCUCUGGGAUACGUCGGGGCAGGGAAGAUUUUGUACCAUAUUCCGCUCCUACUCUCGUGGUGCACAAGGAGUGAUCCUGGUCUACGACAUUGCAAACCGCUGGUCUUUUGAGGGUAUGGAUCGAUGGAUUAAGAAGAUCGAUGAGCAUGCCCCUGGUGUCCCUAAAAUCCUGGUGGGGAAUCGCCUACAUCUGGCAUUUAAGAGGCAGGUGCCCAGGGAGCAGGCCCAGGCCUACGCCGAGCGCCUGGGUGUGACCUUCUUUGAGGUCAGCCCUCUGUGCAAUUUCAACAUCAUAGAGUCUUUCACGGAGCUGGCCAGGAUCGUGCUGCUGCGGCACAGGAUGAAUUGGCUCGGGAGACCCAGCAAGGUAAUUAGUUUGCAAGACCUCUGCUGCCGCGCCAUCGUGUCCUGCACGCCCGUACACCUGGUGGACAAGCUCCCGCUCCCCAUUACCUUAAGAAGCCACCUCAAGUCCUUCUCCAUGGCUAAGGGCCUGAAUGCCAGGAUGAUGCAAGGCCUCUCCUACUCCCUCACCACCAGCUCCACUCACAAGAGCAGCCUCUGCAAAGUGGAGAUCGUCUGCCCACCCCAGAGCCCACCCAAAAACUGCACCAGAAACAGCUGCAAAAUUUCUUAA